AUGUUUAUUACUUUAUCGAUCAACAUCUAUCUAUCUAUCUCGCUAGCUGUUCCUGUCUGUCCAUAUCUAUCUAUUAUAGUCUACGCUUUUCUCCUAUUCAUAUCUAUCUAUCUAUCUAUCUAUCUAUCUAUCUAUCUAUCUAUCUAUCUAUGUUCACAUAUAGCUAUCACAAUCUGUUCCUAUCUAUUUAUUUGUUCAUUAUCGAUCGAUCUAUAUUCAGAUCUAGCUAGCUAUCUCAAUCUAUCCCUAUCUAUCUAUCUAUCUAUCUAUCUAUCUAUCUAUCUAUCUAUCUAUCUAUCUCUAUCUCAAUCUGUUUCUAUCUAUCUAUCUAUCUAUCUAUCUAUCUAUCUAUCUAUCUAUCUAUUCAUUAUCUAUGUCCACUAUCUCAACUGUUUCUAUCUAUCUAUCUAUCUAUCUAUCUAUCUAUCUAUCUAUCUAUCUAUCUAUCUGUAUCUGCCAAAUAGAAGCGAUGACGUCACAACGGCUUACUCGUCACAGACCGUAAACACACAGCACUCGCUUUCCUCUCCCAACACCGGAUUAUAUAUCUUACUGUUCUUUCUUUUUAAUAUAAUAUCUAUCUAUCUAUCUAUCUAUCUAUCUAUCUAUCUCUCUCCUCUCUCUCUCUCUCUCUCUCUCUCCUUUCUCAUUGGUAAUCUUUCGCAAUUACUAAUAAAACGUUCUCAACGAUAUUCAACAUUUCUCAGUGGUAUGCAACCAUUUUCACUGGUAACAAUCCUUUACCAUAUCCGAAAUCUGUUUGCAAUAUUUCUUUUCCAUGCCGACAAUCGUUACGCGAUACCGUACCCCAAUUCCUAA